GAGAAAGGCCCAUCAACAUUGCGCCCUAAUAAAUUGGGUGUUUGAGAAGCGGCUAGGGUUUUACAAUCUCUCUCUUAGUCACUUACUCUGUUCUGUUUGUCACUGCCACAGUAAGAUGGAGGAGUUGUUGUUGAUUCAAUAGGAUUGGAAUUGAGAUUGAGUGAAAUAAGACAUAAAUUGGGGUUUGGGAUUGGCGAGGAAACAAAGCACAAUGGCAACCAUGAACCCUUUUGAUUUGUUGGGAGAUGAUGCAGAGGACCCUUCUCAAAGAAUUGCUGCCGAACAGCUUAAGGUUGUCACUGCUGCUCCUAAGACUCUGCCCAACAAACCCGCUCAGCUUCCUACCAAGCCACUCCCUCCCUCUCAGGCUGUGAGGGAUGCGAGAAAUGGAACUUCACGCGGAGGUCGUGGAGGGGGACGGGGAACUGGACGUGGCCGUGGUCGUGGUGGUUUCAACCGUGACUUCUCCAAUGAUGAGAAUUCAUUUGCUGCCCCUCCUGGUCAAGGUGCCCUUGAAGGAGAGGGUGGAAAGCCCUCAGAAAGGCCUGGUUAUGGUGGACCUCGUGGGCCUUACCGUGGAGGUCGUGGUGGGCGUGGAGGUUUCAGUAAUGGAGAAGCUGGUGAAGAUGGCCGUACCCGGAGGCCAUUUGAACGCCGCAGUGGGACUGGACAUGGAAAUGAAUUCAAACGUGAAGGUGCUGGGAGAGGGAACUGGGGAGUACAAACUGAUGAAUUUUCCCAGGAGACUGAGGAAGUGAAUGAACCUGCUAAGAAUUUUGGUGAUGAAAAGCCUUCAGGUGAGGAUGAUGUUGCCGCAGAUGGAAACAAGGAGAAUCCUGCUAAUGAGGCUGAAGAAAAAGAGCCAGAGGAUAAGGAGAUGACUCUGGAGGAAUAUGAAAAAGUACUGGAAGAGAGAAGGAAGGCUUUGCAAGCGGUUAAGACUGAGGAGAGAAAGGUGGAUACUAAAGUUUUUGAAUCCAUGCAGCAGCUGUCAAACAAGAAAGACAAUGAUGAUAUCUUUAUUAAGCUGGGAUCUGAUAAGGAUAAGCGCAAAGAGACUCUUGAGAAGGAAGAGAAAUCCAAGAAGUCUGUCAGCAUCAACGAGUUUCUGAAGCCCCCAGAGGGUGAAAGUUACUAUAACCCAGGUGGGCGGGGACGAGGUCGUGGUAGAGGGCGUGGGGCUAGGGGGGGUUAUGGUGGCUAUGCAACUGCGAACAUUUCUGCUCCGUCAAUUGAAGAUCCUGGGCAAUUCCCUACUUUGGGUGUCAAGUGAGAAUUUUCCAGUAUUGUGCUAACAUUUUUAUGUACCUUGUCUCAAUUUUGGUUCUCUGCUUUGAAGCAGGAAAAAGAACUAUGUCAAUUGGAUUUCCUGUAUCGGCAGGGUUAUUUUAAUUUAAAGCCUUAAAAUGUAAAUUUAGAUUGUUUGUUUGUGACCCACUUACACACGCUUCUCCAAUUGUUAUGUUUUACUUCUAGUGUCAAUUUGCGGCAUAGACAGACGAGGCAGACCCUUUCCCCACUUUUUUAGAUUGAACAUAGUUUUUCUUGAAAAUUUGUGGUUCAUAUAUUUUUGGCUAAAUUGAUAUUCUAUAAUAUCUAA